AUGUCAAUGCGCCAUUUUUCGACGAGCAGGGUUUCGUUUAUCUUUAAGUUGGGAUCAACGCUGAACAAUAUCAAACCAGAACCUUUCAAAGUGGUCCAGGUGACUAAACCAGUGGGGUUAUUUACAAAGCCUGAGAUUAUCCCACUUGCACAGUUAAAUAACCACAAGUCGCCAAGUAAGACUUCCGAGUUUUGGGCUGAGUUUAAAUCACUAUUCAAUAAAGAGAAAAGAGAAGCAAAGCGACUAGAACUAGAAGAGGAAAUGAGAAAAGGGGGGUUGUAUGAUAUGCAUACUUAUAGAGUCACUAAAGGCAAAGUGUUUCUUUCUCCCAUCUCGUAUUUUAAAGACUCAAAAUCCCUUUACUUCCCCAAUUUAGUAGUGACUAAUUUGAAAAAUGAAACAUCUCAAUUGGCUGAUGUCUUCAAAAAUAAGGUAACCGUUCUGAAAAUCCAUAGUACGCAAGAAGGGUUCGACAUUACCAAAGAGUACUUCAGCAUCAAGAAUUCGACUGACAACUAUCUGACAGAAUCUGGGUAUCAAAUAUUGAAUCAGGAGUUUGAUAAUGUUCAAAUUGCAGAGCUGAAUCUUAUAGAAAACGGUUUAAAAGGUCUGAUCUCAAAGCUCUCCCUUGGCCAUCUUAGAAAAAUAAUCCCGGCCUCAAGACAUGACUCUUACUUUUCAGCCAAGAGAUCGUUGUUACCAAUGAAGUUACGAGAGGAUAUAUUUUUGAGAAAUUUAUAUACAGGGUACGUUUACGUGGUCGACCAGGAGGGCAAGAUUAGGUGGCUGGGAUGUGGAAAGCCUACUGAAAAGGACCAUGAAAUGUUAUGGAAGGCUGUUAAGGGAGUCUCGGCUGAAUAA